CAUCAAAAGAAGCAAGAAGUGGAAGACAACACUGAUGAAAACAUGGAAGGGGCUCUGAUAGCCCGGGACAGAGUCGGGGUGCAGGACUUUGUGCUUCUGGACUCCCACACCAGUGAGACAGCUUUCCUCAACAACCUUCGCAAGCGCUACCAGGAGAACCUCAUCUAUACAUACAUUGGUACUCUUCUUGUAUCUGUCAACCCUUACCAAGAGCUGGAUAUCUACACCAUGACACAGAUGCAGCUCUAUCGAGGGGUCAACUUCUUUGAACUGCCACCACAUCUAUAUGCCAUAGCUGACAAUGCCUACAGGCUGAUGUGCAGCGAGUACAACAACCAUUUCAUCCUCAUCUCGGGGGAGAGUGGAGCUGGGAAGACAGAAGCAUCCAAGAAGAUCUUGCAGUAUUAUGCAGUGACUUGUCCGACCACGGAGCAGCUGCAGGUCAUCCGCGAUCGCCUCCUGCUUUCCAACCCUGUUCUUGAGGCUUUUGGAAACGCAAAAACCCUGCGUAACGACAACUCGAGUAGGUUUGGGAAAUACAUGGACAUCCAGUUUGAUUUUAAGGGAGCUCCAGUGGGAGGGCACAUCCUCAGUUACCUCAUUGAGAAAUCCCGAGUUGUCCAUCAAAACCACGGAGAAAGGAAUUUCCAUAUCUUCUACCAGUUAUUAGAGGGGGGAGAGAAGGAACUUCUCGGCUGGCUGGGGCUGGAGCGCAACCCCCAGAAGUAUGCCUAUCUCAUCCAGGGUAAAUGUGCCAAAGUGUUUUCUAUUAAUGACAAGAAUGACUGGAAAAUAGUCCGCAAAGCUUUUUCUAUCAUUGAUUUCACUGAGAGAGACCUACAGCAUCUCUUUGGAAUCGUUGCGAGCGUGCUGCACCUUGGGAACAUUCAGUUUGAGGAGGACAGCAAUGGACAUGCCAUCAUUCGUGAUGGCACCCAGAUCAAGUGGAUCUCAAAGCUCCUGGGUGCACACUUGUCCAUUCUGCAGGAAGCUCUUACCCAUCGGAAGAUUGAAGCCAGAUCUGAAGAGGUCCUAAGCCCGUUGAACGUGGAUUUGGCAUUCUGUGCUCGGGAUGCAGUAGCAAAGGCCAUCUACGGACGAACCUUCACUUGGCUGGUCAACAAAAUCAACAACUCUCUGGCCAACAAGGAUUCAACUCGGAAAACAGUUAUUGGCCUGCUGGACAUCUAUGGCUUUGAAGUGCUGGACACAAACAGCUUUGAGCAGUUCUGCAUUAAUUACUGCAAUGAGAAACUCCAGCAGCUGUUGAUUGAGAUGACCUUGAAAGCAGAGCAGGAGGAAUAUAAACUGGAAGGGAUAGAGUGGGAACAAAUUCCAUAUUUCAACAACAAGAUCAUCUGUGACCUGGUUGAGGAGAAGCAUAAAGGAAUCAUCUCCAUUCUGGAUGAAGAGUGCUUACGACCUGGUGAAGCCACUGAUUUGAGCUUCUUGGAAAAGCUGGAAGAGAAAGUAGGAGAUCAUGCCCACUUCGUGACUCGCAAGCUUGCAGACCAGAAAACCAGGAAAUCGAUUGACUGGGUGGAUUUCCGCCUCCUUCACUACGCAGGGGAAGUCACUUACAGUGCUGUGGGGUUUCUGGAGAAAAAUAAUGAUCUCCUGUACAGAAACCUGAAAGAGGUGCUGUGCAACUCUAAAAAUGGCAUCAUCAGAGAGUGCUUUUUACUGUCAGAGCUGGACAACAGGAGGAGACCAGAGACUGUUGCAACUCAGUUCAAGAACAGUCUGACAAGCCUCAUAGAAAUCCUGAUGUCCAAGGAGCCUUCUUAUGUCCGAUGUAUUAAGCCAAAUGAGCUCAAGGAGCCUGGGAGGUUUGAUGACUUUCUGAUCCGACACCAGGUGAAGUACCUGGGCCUGAUGGAGCACCUGAGGGUGAGACGAGCUGGCUUCGCCUACCGGCGCAAGUAUGAAAUCUUCCUGCAAAGGUAUAAAUCCCUCUGCCCAGCUACCUGGCCAAAUUGGAAUGGGCCAGCAGCUGAGGGUGUAGAGAAGCUCAUCAAGCAUCUUGGUUAUAAGCCUGAAGAAUACAAAUUAGGAAGAACCAAAAUAUUCAUCCGGUUCCCAAAGACUCUGUUUGCUACUGAAGAUGCAUUUGAACUCAGGAAGUACCUGCUGGUUUCAAGACUCCAGGCCAAAUACAAAGGACGCCUUGGGAAAAGGGAAUUCAAGAAGAAGAGAGAUGCAGCUAUCAAGUUGGAAGCUUGUUGGAGAGGAGUUCUGGCACGGAAGGCAGCCAAGAAGAGGUCAUGGGCAGUUCAGAUAAUCAGGAAGUUCAUAAAUGGCUUCAUCAAUCGGAAGAAACCUCUUUGCCCAGAGAACAUUGAAUUUGUGAGGCUUGUGCAGUACAACUACCUGAUCAAGCUGAGAGACCACCUUCCAAAGAACGUCCUGGACAAGAGCUGGCUCCAACCUCCUUCCAUCCUGGAAGAGGUAUCUGAGAUGCUACAGAACAUGUGCAUUAGGAACCUUGUAAGGAAAUACUGUCAGGGUGUGCCUGCUGAGAGGAAAGUGCAGCUGGAGCAGAAAGUGGUAACAAGUGCUGUUUUCAGAGGGAAGAAGGAAGGCUACCAGCAGAGCAUAAACCAGCCCUUCAUGGACACCAGGCUGAAAGAGAGUGAUAUAAACCCCAAAGUGCUGCAGCUCAUCCAGGGUGAGAAGAUCAAGUACGUGACCCCCGUGAUCAAAUACGACAGGAAUGGGUUCAAAGCACGAGAGAGGCUCCUUGUCCUCACCCAGUCCUCAGCUUGUGUGGUGGAGAUGGCCAAGAUCAAGCAGAAGAUAGACUACAGCACUCUGAAAGGUAUUUCCACCAGCAACCUGAGUGAUGGGAUUGUAGUCAUUCAUGUCCCUGAGGACAACAAACAGAAGGGAGAUGCAAUACUUCAUUGUGAGCACAUCUUUGAGACAGUCACCAAACUCUGCAUGCUGGCCAAUAAGCAGAACCUGGUUAAAGUUGUGCAGGGAAGCCUGCGGUUCCGCAUCGGCUCUGGGAAGGAAGGGACAAUGGUGUUCACUGUUGGGCAGGAGCCUCAGGUCUUCAAAGCCAAAAAUGGACAACUAACAGUGGUAAGGCCUCAUCUAAGCACUGGGAAGAUCAUAGAAUUCCAGUAUGGUAGAGGUUGA